CUUGGCAGUGUUUAUUUGGCUCGCGUUAAGACAGUGAACUUUAUUGUGGCGCUAAAAGUUCUCUUCAAGUCGCAACUCGUCCGAAUUCACAUGGAGCAGCAGCUACGCCGGGAAAUCGAAAACCAUGCGUACCUGAGACAUCCGAACAUCCUCCGAAUGUAUAAUUAUUUCUACGACGAGAAGUGCGUCUACCUAAUUUUGGAAUACGCAGCCGGUGGUGAGCUCUACAAGAAACUGCAGGAACGGGGCCAUUUCGAUGAUGAACAAACCGCCAAGCUCAUUUACCAAAUGGCCGAUGCGCUAAAGUACUGUCACAAGAAGGUUAUUCACCGCGAUCUGAAACCCGAAAAUUUGCUGCUGGGCUACUGGGGAGAGCUGAAAAUAGCCGACUUCGGAUGGAGCGUCCACGAACCGACCUCCAAGCGAUCGACGCUGUGUGGCACAUUGGACUAUCUACCGCCCGAGAUGGUGCAAGGCUGGCUUCACGAUGAGAACGUGGAUCUGUGGUCGCUGGGAGUGCUCUGCUACGAGCUACUGGUGGGAAAGCUGCCGUUCGAACGCAAAGAAAUCAGGGAUACUUACGCUCUUAUCAAGGAGGUCAAUUAUAAAUUCCCGGAGAGCAUCAGCGAAGGUGCCAGAGAUCUGAUCAGUAAACUGCUCGUCAAAGAACCCGCCAAUCGUCUUUCGCUGCAGAAUGUCAUGGAACAUCCCUGGAUUUGUCAGCAUGUCGAUACAACUAGCAAUCAAACAUCAUCGUCUGUUGCUUGA